AUGCCCGUUGGUGAAACUAAACUUGUCGUAUUGAUCGACGUCACAACCGAAAAUCCGUACCGCGUCGAUUUUGAGGUUUGGACUGAGGUUGUCAACCAGUCCACUAUCCAUUCAACGCGAAGUCGUCCGACAAGAGUCCUUCAAUGUACCCAGAGAGCGUCGUUACAGAACGGGGUGGUGACAGGUGCCCCUUUGAUCCUCGAUUUCAUCACUCUCAUGUACCGAGCGCCACGGGUCGGUGAGCACGACAUUUCUUUAGGAGCGGCAGAUUUAAGGCUUAUCGGUGACCACCCAGUAAACUCAACCAAGGACUUUUCUCCGGCCAGAGCUCUAGGCCAGCGUUGA